CCCAAAACAGCACACGGCGCGCACAAUGAUGACGCAACACCGUUUGUCUUGACGACAACAAACAUGGAGGAGUAUGCCCGUGAACCUUGUCCCUGGAGGAUAGUGGAUGACUGUGGAGGAGCUUUCACUAUGGGUGCAAUUGGAGGAGGGGUGUUCCAGGCGAUCAAGGGCUUUCGUAAUGCCCCUGCGGUGAGUUCAAAAGAUAAUUGUUUGCUCUCAGACUCAGACAUCAGGUUUUCAAACUCAGAACUGAACAAUGCUCUAAUGUUUCAGGGUGUGGGACACCGCCUGAGAGGUAGUGCAAAUGCAGUGAGAAUAAGAGCUCCACAGAUUGGAGGUAGCUUUGCUGUAUGGGGAGGCCUCUUCUCCACAAUCGACUGUGGUCUAGUUCGGGUCAGAGGGAAAGAAGAUCCCUGGAACUCCAUUACAAGUGGUGCGCUGACUGGAGCUAUCCUGGCAGCACGCAGUGGACCUUUAGCUAUGAUGGGCUCCGCCAUGAUGGGGGGGAUUUUGCUCGCUCUCAUUGAGGGUUUUGGGAUCCUCCUAACCAGAUACACAGCGCAGCAGUUUCAGAAUCCUAUUCCCUUUGCGGACGACCCCAGUCAGUUACCUCCAAAGGAUGGAGGUCAGCAGCAGGGUGCAAAGGGGCAGUUUCAGUAGAGAGCAGUAAGGACUGACACCAGCUGUGGACAGAGUGAGUCAGACCAGAGAACAGGAUACUAUAGCAGGUAUCAGGAUGAAUGGGAGACACUGGUCCCUGCGGUGGUGUCAAGUAGUUGCACUAUGUGCUUAUAAACCUCAGGGGCAAAUUACUGUGAGUUUUAGUUAUUUAUGAGUCAAUUUGAUAAACCUCAUGUUUGCACCUUCAGCAUCUCAUUCAACACUAUCUGUAUCAGGGGUCAUUGUUUCAUUGCUGUGACCUUUUUGGGUUAAAUAUGCAAUUCUAAAAUUUAUAUAUAAAACAAAUGUGAUUGUACAACAUCUUAGGAACAUUUAAUAAUUAAGCAUCCAAAUAUUUUAUAAUUGUAUGCAUAGACUUAUAAAUAAAUAUUAAAGCCAUUGUUUAAAUGGCUGAAAAGUAUAAAAGUAGUUGUGUGUGAGUAGUAAAGAAGAUGAGACUUUACAAGAUCACAUUUGUUCAGUGAGGUUUUACCAUGGAGGAUGGUAUGGUGCGAGUCUGUUUCUAAGUAUGAAUUAUAUGUCAGCUGAGACAAUCACUCAAAAGACCUUUUCAUGUUUUUAGAUAAUGCGUGUGCUUAAGAAAACCUCAUUCCUUCUUUGUUUGCAGUUUUAUCCUCCCCUGGCAGCUUUUGUAACUUUGAAUCUUUGUUGAACAAUUAUCAUCUUACACACUAGAAUGGAUUAGCUCAAGUCAUGUCUGUAAUACUGAAAAGACACGGAUGAGCUCCUGGAAAUUAUAGCUUGUAUCAGUAUACUUAGACAGUUCACUUAGCUGGUUAUCAAGCACCCUCCUCACUUUGAUUUCUCCAUUAUCCCUCAAGCAACCAAGCACUUUUUAAACUCUGUCUCUCUGUUCUGUUGAAACAGCAGAGAGACAGUGCAGCAUGAUCCAGUGUUUUGCUGUCAAACUAUGUAUA